AGGGAUCCCUCCUUUGGUGCUGUCCGAGCAGCGAGUCCUUUAAAUACGCUCCAGCAGUGGUCACACAGAACUGACAAACUUAAACUGGAGGAGGGAAGAUGAUGUCCUUGGAUGGACCACAGAAGACAAUCAGUAACCCGAUCAUUCCAUAUGUUGGGACAAUACUUGGUGGCCUUGUUCCUGGAGAGCUGAUUGUGAUACAUGGGACUGUUCCUGAUGAUGCAGACAGGUUCCAGGUGGAUUUACAGUGUGGCAGUAGCAUAAAGCCUCGAGCUGAUGUGGCAUUCCAUUUCAACCCCCGCUUCAAAAGGUCUGGCUGCAUUGUUUGCAACACACUGGAGAGAGAAAAAUGGGGCUGGGAAGAGAUCACUUACGAGAUGCCCUUUCAAAAAGGGAAGUCAUUUGAGAUUGUCAUCAUGAUUUUAAAGGAUAAAUUCCAGGUGACUGUGAACAAGAAGCACUUGCUGCUCUACAACCACAGAAUUAGCCUUGAAAGAAUAGAUACUCUUGGAAUAUAUGGCAAAGUGCAGAUCAAAACUAUAGAUUUUGUUUCUAAUUCUUUACAAGGCUCUCAGCCAUCAUCUCUAGGAGUAACAAAGAUAAACACAGAAAAUGGGGAAAUGCCAGAUGGUUCACAAUUCGGAGUUCCUUACGUGGGGAAACUUGAUACUGCACUUCAUCCAGGAUGCACGGUUGCCAUUAAAGGAGAAGUGAAUAAAAACCCAAAGAGCUUUGCGAUAAAUCUGAAAUCAAGUGACUCAAAGGACAUCGCGUUACAUCUGAAUCCCCGAGUGAAAAAUAAAGUUUUUGUAAGAAACUCGUACCUUCAUGACAGCUGGGGAGAAGAAGAAAAGGAAGUUGCCAACUUUCCUUUCAGUCCAGGGAUGUACUUUGAGCUGAUCAUUUUCUGUGAUGCCCACCAGUUCAAAGUUGCUGUUAAUGGUGUUCACACUCUGGAGUACAAGCAUCGUUUUAAACAACUCGAAAAGAUCAAUGUAGUGGAAAUCAUAGGAGAUGUUCAGUUGUUAGACGUGAGGAGCUGGUAGUUCUUUUCAAUCAGUACUAAAAUAAUUCAACCUCUUCCAAUGACAGUGCCUCCUUGUCAAGUACAAACAGGUGCUGACUCGUGCUGAGCCUGCCUUUAUCUAUCUAGGCUUCUGUGUCUGCCUUUCUGAGUUAGGCGAGUACCAGAACUGCUAACUGCGAGAUUAAAUCUUCCUCUAGUUUACAGUAUCCUGGCAAGCUAAAUAAGUGUUUGCUCAGAUAAAUCUCUUGUAUUACUGAACCUAGCAAUAUGAAAAUGCUGCAUCAUACUGUAUCUAACAAUUGCACUCGGUAUGUUUAAGUUGAACUACUACUUGGCACUCCUUAAUAGCAUACAUUCAAUAUAGUGAAGUAGAAGUGAGACUGAAACAGGAUCUGAAGAUAGUUAUCCACCCCAAAAGGGACAUUGAUAAUUCAUUUAAAAUGGAAUUAUGAAAUAUAUUCUUCUACUUCUUAGUUUAUAUUAGCAACUAUAACCUUUUUGCUGAGGCUGGAUUAAGCAAACAGUUGACCCAUCAGUUCUAGCAAAAGGCAAGGAGGAAUUUGAUCUUACUUCUUGGUCUACUGCUGCAGUAGUACCUUCUCUGACACUUGUGGUUAUCUCACCUCCUGCUUAUAAGUGGCUUAAACAUACAGCAGCAUUUCUAGCUUUGUUUUCCAAAGUGAAACAAAUUAGAAUGAUUUAGCUGGUUCCAAUUGUAUGAACUUUUGAAAGCUUGUUUGAUCUGAAAUGGCUCCUGAGUUGAGAGUGCUCAGGGACUGAAGUAGAUGUUUGUGUUUUUCAUUUUUUAAUAAUGUGUGAACCCAGGUAGUCCAGGCAGGGUUUCAGCUGAGAUGAGACUCAGAUACUCAUCAGUGGAAUAGAGAAUGAAUCCUUUUUCAGUCCUGUAUUAAAAUACUAUCUCUCUGAAACAAGCUGUUCUAUUUAAUCAGUUUUCCGUACAAAUGUCAGUCUUAAUUUUUAUACUCUUUUUAAAAAUAAGUUGCUACUGGCUGUCAAUACAUGCCUGAGGGAUGUUCCUAUUUAUCUUAACAGCUGCUAAAAGACUGAAACAAUUUCAAGAAUAAGAUGUACCCUAAAAGACUGUUUAAGAUAAAUUACCAGAUCUAAUAUAUAAAAAGCAUAAAUAAAAACAUUUGUGAACUCU